AUGAAAUGCAAUGAAUUUCAAAAAAGUGUUCCUCGCCAUCACAUGAAUUUGAAUAACUUGGAUAAAGCGUUACACGACUUGGGAAUGUUGAGUGCCAUAACAGAAGCCCGCCGCGAAUAUUUAAGAGAAUCUAAAUCAAAUUUUGGUGUGAUGCGUCUAAAUACGCGCUAUGUUUCCAACGUUACGGUAGGCUAUUGCAUGAAAAGGGCUGCAAACAAAAACAGACUUUGUCCAUACGUGCUACCUGUCAGGCACAGAACUAAAAGUGAAAAUUCUGAUGCUAUCAGUGAAGUCAGCGAUAAAGCCUGUGAACAUAAUAGUUUGUUGGACCCUUCUACAAGUGGUAACAGUACCUUCGACCCUAAGAGUCCAGCAAAGCGUUGCCAGUCUCUUGAAAAUCUCAACUUAUCUAUUGAUCCCCCAUCAAGCACGGAGAUAUCUCCAGAAAUGGACUGUGUGUCAACAAGGAUUCAGAAGCUACAAGUUGAUGAAUGA